GGCACCUCCGGGCCGGGCCCGGGGCCGGGGAGCGGCGGGGCCGGUCCGGGCGCUCCCAUGGGCAGGGCGCUCCGGGAUUGCCGCCAGCCCCGGGCAGCGCGGGGCGGCCGAGCGGCGGCUGCCGCGCUCCGCGGCCCCGGGACGCACGGCGGGUGUGAGGCCGGGGCGGGCCGGGGCAUGGCGCGGAGGACGAGCGGAACGGCGGCAGACGAGCUGGCCAACGCCGCCGCCCGCGGCGACCUGCAGCGCCUGAGGGAGCUGCUGGACGACGCGGCGGACCCCAACGCCGUCAACUCCUACGGCCGAACCCCCAUCCAGGUGAUGAUGCUGGGCAGCCCGCGGGUGGCCGAGCUGCUGCUGCAGCGCGGGGCCGACCCCAACCGCCCCGACCCACGCACCGGCUGCCUCCCGGCCCACGACGCGGCCCGCGCCGGCUUCCUGGAGACGCUGGCGGCGCUGCACCGCGCCGGGGCGCGCCUCGACCUGCCCGACGGCCGCGGCCUCCUCCCGCUCGACGUGGCGGCCGGCGGCCCCCACGGACCGGUGGGCCGGUACCUGCGACACCCGCCGCCCCUCGCCUAGCCUCCUCCUGGGUGGCGUCACCUGCUUGUGUCCCCCCCCUAAUUUAUUGCCCACGCCCGCCUCGGGAGACACGAGCAGCACGCAGGUGCGCGCGCUGUUAAUAACCCCCAGACCGCAUCUUCCCGCUCGGAUGCAUGAAGGACCGGCGGGAUAUGUAUUGUUUUCGAUGCUAUACUUUGCACAUGUCUGUAUGUUAACCUGUAGUUUGAAACCCUAUGCCCCUCCACGCACCCCUUUUUUUUUUUUUUUUCACACGAGUCCAAACACUGUGAAGAGAAAUAAAUAUGAAGGAAAACUCUCCCACAGAGAUGGCACAAUAAACACUUUGUGUUUUAA